CUCAGACAACCGGUUCCCCAUUCGAGGGGCCGCCGCCAUCUAAGCGGGAGCCGGGGCCAGGCUCCCGAGCGAGCGCGUGCUCCGUGGGGCGGGAUCUAGUCCCGUCCCGCCCCGGGGCGACCCCGCCGGACCGCGACCCCGGUGCGACGCUCCGCAUCCCUGCAGGCCGUACCCGUGCUUCCUCGGGAGCUAAGGCGCCGAGAAUUCUGCAUCAGCAAUCUAGAACUCAACCAGGAAAGGCCCAGGAGGGCCCUCUGUCCAAAUUCUUACAUUUCUCUGACCACCACGUUGGGAAAUCCAGCACCGUAAAGAUUUCUGAUUGAGCUCCGAAUUCAGGAGUGGUGGAGAAGAGGGUGAAACCCACAAGGGACCAUGUUCUACUAUCCCAACGUGCUUCAGCGCCACACUGGCUGCUUCGCCACCAUCUGGCUGGCAGCCACCCGGGGCAGCCGGCUGGUGAAGCGCGAAUACCUGAAGGUGAACGUGGUGAAGACAUGCGAGGAAAUCCUUGAUUAUGUGCUGGUACGAGUGCCUCCCCAGAUGCCUGGCCUGCCACGGCCCCGCUUCUCUCUCUAUCUCUCAGCCCAGCUCCAAAUUGGGGUGAUCCGGGUCUACUCUCAACAAUGCCAGUACCUCGUAGACCUGCUCUCUAUGCCCACAGAGGACAUCCAGCACAUUCUGGAGCGCCUGCACCGUGCGCAGAUGCAGAUCCGCAUCGACAUGGUGGAGACCGACCUACCCAGCCUGCUUCCUAGCUGCCUGGCCAUGAUGGAGACCCUGGAAGAUGCUCCAGACCCCUUUUUUGGGAUGAUGUCUGUGGAUCCCAGAUUUCUCAGCCCCUUUAGUAUCCCUCAGAUUCGACACCUCUUAGAGGCUGCAACCCCAGAGAGAGUUCUUGAGGAGACCCUUCCUGAAGUCCCUACGGAGCCCAGGAAGCCAGAAAGGAUCCAAGUCACUGUGCUGCCUCCUGAGCGUAUCACCAUCCAGGAGGCAGAGCCCAUACGCAUGCUGCCAAUCGAGGGUGAGCAGGAGCUCCCCGAGGUUAGCCGCCGAGACUUGGACCUGCUGAUUGCUGAGGAAGAUGAGGCAGUCUUGUUAGAGGAACGUCGGCGAGUCAGGCCUCUCCCAGCACUGGACGAGUCUAAGGAGGAGCCCCGGGGCCUGGAGGGGGAAAUCACAGUUCCCCCGCUUUCACCUCCAACUCUUGUACAGGUGGAGAGGCCAGCAGAGCCACUUAUAAGCGAGGUCCUGGACCUUGAGGCGCCGAAGGUGCCAGGCUGGGAGCCUGGGCCCCCACUUCCUGAAGUGACUCCCCCGCAGAAGCUGCCUCUGCCAGCCCCACUCAGCCCAGAGCGGAGGAAGCCCCCAGUCUUCCCAGUCCCUGAAAGCCCACCAGUCCGCCGCCGCCGCCGCCAGUUACUAUUCUGGGACAAGGAGACUCAGAUCCCCCGGGAGAAAUUCCAGGAACAGCUGCAAACCAGAGCCCACUGCCGGGAGUGUCCCAUGGUACAGCCUCCUGAGAGGACCAUCACAAGCCCUGCAGAGCUGUUCCGAACCCCAACUUACACUGGCUGGCUACCACCAGAACUGCUCACUUUCUGGACCCACUGUGCCCAGCCACCUCCAAGAGCGCUCAGGCGAAAGCCACCCCUGGAGCCUGAAGAGGCUGCUGAGAGGGAGUUGGCAGCUGAGGAGGAAAGGAGAAAGGCUGAAACGCUGAGUGAUAUUGAGGUACUAAGGGAGACCCAGGAGCCCAGUGGGCCCCUUAUGCUGUCUUCAGAGCUGUCCUUGGAAAUGGCUGAGGAGAAGCCCCGCCCCAGCCUCAUCCCCCCAGAGGAACGGUGGGCCUGGCCUGAGGUGGAGCAGCUAGAGCCCCCUGCAUUGCCUGUAGUGCCUGAACUCCCUGAGGUGCCCAUGGAGAUGCCUUCGGAGCUGUCUCCAGAGCUUGAACUGCUCUCCCUGGAGGCUGUGCACAGGGCAGUGGCACUACAGCUGCAAGCGAACCAGGAGCCCGACUUCAACAGUCUGGUGCCACCUCUCAGCCCCCGCAGGAUGGCCGCCCGAGUCUUCUACCUGCUCCUUGUGCUCUCAGCACAGAAGAUCCUUUAUGUGGAACAAGAGAAGCCAUAUGGACGCCUCCUGAUCCAGCCUGGGCCCCGAUUCCAUGUAGGUUAGAGACCAUUAACAAAGCCGCCAGGAAACCAGCUAUAUUAAACAUGUUUUGCCUCACCAGCCUCUGCU